AACAAAGAAAAUGUCUGAUUCAAAGCAAACAGUGUGCGUGCCAUGACGUGCCUUUGGAUGAGGCGCUGCGCACUGGGAGGCAGAGACUUUCUCGAAAGUCCAAAUCAAACUGCAAAGAAAGUGGUCGGGUAUAAAAUAUCACGUGGAGAAGAGAGAGAGAGGAAACUGAUUUAUAAGCUCGCAUUUUUUAAUCCCCUCUGUUCGAGAAGGCGAGUCUCAAAGUUACCUCAGAAUGGGCAGUCUUCCCUCAGACGCAUCCGGACCACAGCAGCAUCGGGUCAUGGAGAGGUGUCCCUAAACUGACCGACCGAUGUGCGCGGAGGCAUCACCUAAAGAACACACGCGCUUCUUAGGUUUUGGUCAGCUGGACAGCGACCCCCCACCCAGCGCAGCACCUCAGACCGGCUCUUCCGCCAGAACCCGCAGGGGUCCGUGAGAGCAUCGCGCCGGCGUGGACUUCGCACGCACACCGCCGAGAAGAUGAACAUCCAGGUCCAGCCAGAGCACAAGCUCUCCUCGGUUGCCCCGCUCAAACAGUGCAACGUUGAGAAAAAAGAGGUAGAAUUGAUAUUGGUGAAGGACCAGAACGGGGUCCAGUACACCAGCACCUCCAUCAUCCCCGCGCCGGCUCUGCGCGCCGGUUUGCCCGGAACCGCCUCCGAGGACGAGCGAGAAACUUGGGGCAAAAAAAUAGACUUUCUCUUGUCGGUUAUUGGCUUUGCGGUGGACCUGGCCAAUGUUUGGAGAUUUCCAUACCUCUGUUACAAAAACGGUGGCGGUGCCUUCUUGAUCCCCUAUGUUCUCUUCUUGGUAAUUGCGGGGAUGCCAUUGUUUUACAUGGAACUCGCCUUGGGCCAGUAUAACAGGGAAGGAGCUGCAACAGUUUGGAAAAUAUGUCCUGUCUUUAAAGGUGUGGGCUACACUGUGAUCAUCAUAGCUCUUUAUGUUGGCUUUUACUACAACGUCAUCAUUGCCUGGUCCCUCCACUACUUGUUCUCCUCCAUGACUCGUCAGCUCCCCUGGCUCUCAUGUAACAACACCUGGAACAGUCUAAACUGCACCGACCCCAGCUCAAUCAAGUCGUCCGUCCUCGGCGAUGUCACAUCAUACGCCAGGUACAAGAUCACCCCAGCAGCAGAGUACUACGAACGAGGCGUUCUGCAUCUCCAUGAAAGUAGGGGAAUCCAGGAUCUAGGCACACCACGCUGGGAGCUAACCUUGUGUUUGGUUGUGGUGGUCUUCAUCCUUUAUUUCAGUCUGUGGAAAGGUGUCAAGUCAUCAGGGAAGGUUGUGUACAUCACAGCCACUAUGCCCUACAUCGUCCUGUUUGUGUUGCUCAUCAGAGGCAUUACUCUACCAGGAUCAAUGAACGGCAUCAGGGCCUACCUCAACAUUGACUUCAACAGACUCAACAAUCUAGAGGUGUGGAUUGAUGCAGCCACUCAAAUAUUUUACUCUUUGGGAGCAGGAUUUGGUGUACUCAUUGCAUUUUCCAGCUAUAACAAGUUUAACAACAACUGCUACAGGGAUGCUCUCUUGACCAGCACUGUGAACUGCGUCACCAGUUUCGUCUCAGGGUUUGCCAUCUUCUCUGUGCUGGGAUAUAUGGCAGAAAAACAUCAAGUGAAAGUAGAAGAUGUAGCAACAGAAGGGGCAGGUUUGGUGUUUAUCAUCUACCCAGAGGCAAUUUCAACACUCCCCGGAUCAACAUUUUGGGCUAUUGUGUUCUUCAUCAUGUUGCUAACGUUGGGCAUUGACAGCUCGAUGGGUGGCAUGGAGGCAGUCAUCACAGGGCUGACAGAUGAUUUUAAGAUUCUCAAAAGAAACAGAAAACUCUUCACCUUCGCCACAGCUUUUGGAACCUUCCUCGUUGCCCUGCUGUGCAUUACUAAUGGUGGGAUCUAUGUUCUGACCUUGUUAGAUAAGUAUGCAGCUGGGACUUCUAUACUUUUUGGUGUGUUAAUUGAAGCCAUCGGAGUGUCAUGGUUUUAUGGUGUGGAUCGCUUCAGUGAAGACAUUCAGCGGAUGAUGGGCUUCAAGCCAGGACUUUACUGGAGGCUGUGCUGGAAAUUUGUCAGCCCAGCUUUUCUCCUGUUUGUAGUGAUAGCCAGUACUUUGACAUCAUCUGGCCUGAAGUACGAUGACUACGUCUUCCCCUCUUGGUCCAACCAUCUGGGUUGGGUGGUGGCCAUGUCCUCCAUGCUGUUUGUUCCCUUUUAUGCCUUGUAUAAAUUCUGCACCGUACCAGGAACUUUCAAAGAGAAAAUAGCUUAUUGCAUCACUCCAGAACAUGAACAACACAUGGUGGCUGAAGGAAAUGUACGCCAGUUUAAACUCAGACAUUGGUUAGCCAUUUGAUCACAAAUACCCAGAACUCUGUCAUCCAUCAUCUGGAUUUCCGGUGUGCCACCAGUGGGUCUGCCAGACACGGAGAGCAACAGGCUUUGACCUCUUCUUUUCACUGUGCAUUUAUGAUACAAUGUCUUCAGUGGCUCCAAGCACUUUUAUUUCACUCAUGAAACAAAUCUACAGCAACAAUUCAAAAGGGAAAGAUACUCAAAGGUAGAAUUAACAAUGAAUUUUUUUCCAACUUGGCAAUGCUGUUUUAUUUGGUUACUUUUUACGUAUUAUUUAUCUCAUUCUUGGUUUGGUCACAGUUUUGGAAAUGAUUUCACCUUUUGGAAGGAAUACACAAUAGAAUUAGAAAUUAUUGUUCUUAUGUAUUGCUUAAAAAAGAAUAUCUAAAUAAAGCAUAUAAAGUAUUUUUUUCCCCACAGGAAGGAAAUGUGUUCUUUCCAUCCUGUUAGCACAGUGGCUUAUUUCUGUCAGUGCCUUAUCAUACGAAACAUUUGUUUGUUUUUAUUUUCUACAGUCCAAAACAAAAUAAGAUAAAACUGUGUUAACUCAGGAAGACACAAAAAMUCCAAACGGUUUGUGAAUAGCAAGCUCUUGGCUUUGACUUAUCUUUUUUGACAUUCACAUCAAAGCGUUGAAGCACGUCAACUUCAAGUUAUUCAGCAAAUCCUCACAUUGUUUUACAGAAAAGGGAAAGUAGAUCUUAUGCACCAGACCAAAGAUUUUAAAGAACUGCUGCAGGUUUCAUCAACUUUUGUGCUUUGGAAAGCAGUAUUUACUACCAAGCAUUAGUCUAAAGCAAAGACUAAAGAUAUAAUUUGAUCAGCUCUUGGUUGAUCAUUUAGGGUGCAAGAUGACAUGUCAUCAAAACAGUGUUACUACUACAGUUUUUGUAUUAAAAAAAAGCCUUUUCUUGCCUUUUAAUUAUUUGUGUUUGGUCUUAAAGAACAUACUGUAUGUUUUCUUUUCUUUUCUUUUUCAAAUAUGAGAUGAUGAGUAAAGCUAAGAGAAAAAGAGUGGUUUUAUGAGUGUGUAUACAUGUGAACUGAUUUUUUUUUUUUUGCCAACAUACAGUUUGCUGUUGGAAAACAGCAUGCAGUAAAUUAUUGUUAUUAAUUUACUGUCCUGUGCAUUAUUAUUUGAUCUGCAUAGCAGCAGAUUGUAUAUUUUUUUGUUUGACCUUUAGAUGGAUUUGUAGUAACGUUCAUCACAGCUGAAGUGCCAACACAUUUUUUAGAAGUGAAAGUUAGUGACUUUUGUUUUUCCAUUGCUUUUUUAUUUAUUUUUUUAAAUAAAACUGGAUUAUAACAGAGCUCCAUUACUGAAAAGGAAUAAAGCCAAAAAGAAGAAGAAGGGAAAAAAAAGAAAGAAAAUAAGAAAUAUAUAUGUGGAAUAUAAGAUAAAACACAAUAUAUAAAUAUAUUCUUUUGUUAUAUCUAAUCUUGUAUUUAUCAAAUUGUUUAUAGCAAAUUGUGAAUGUAAAGUAUUUUAAUUGUAUCUGUCCAUAGUCACAACAUGGUGUUUGAUGUAUACCUGAGAUGAACUAUUUAGACAAAAAAUAUAUAUUCUCCAGUGUAACUCUGGGCAACUCUGUCACUUAUGAAUGUGAACAAAGACAUCCUGGCUCUCGUAGACCAUGUUUACAGAAAUGCUGUGUACCAUACCACUGUCCAGUUGAACGUGACUGUCAAUAAAGAAGUCUGAAGUAUUCACUACAUAGAAAUAAAGAAUUUCUUCUAUA